AUGACAAAAGCUUAUUCUAAAUGUCAGCAAGGAACUCUGGAUGCCUGGAUUCAAGACUCUCUUCCAUAUAAUCCAUAUUAUCUAGUGAAAUUCUAUCAUCAUAUUCCAUCACGCUUUCCUCUCAUAAUUAUUUUUCAGGCUCCAAGGUUCACCGUAAAUGACCUCUCCUUGCUCCAAAUCGUAAAGGCUGGGAAGCUGGCACUGUUUUACAAAGGGAAGCUUAGUCGGGGAACAUGCAAAGGACACAAACUCACCACCUGCAAGAUCUUCAAAGAAGGAGUCACCUUGAAGACAGUAGAAAAUGAGAUUGCAAUCAUGAAGAAGCUAGGACAUCACCAUAAUAUACUACAGCUGCUGGACUGGAAUACCACCAGAGAGCCCUAUGUUUUUCUAAUGGAGUUCGUAAGCCAAGGCACACUGAAGACUUUCCUCCUGCGGUACAAGGAGCCACUGAGUUCCAGCAAAGAUUCCCAGCACUUGCUCAUGGUGGCAGCCUACCACAUUGCACUAGCAAUGGAAUACGUACGCUCCAAAAUGGUGGUUCAUGGUGAUCUGGCCUUAAGAAACAUCCUUGUUGGCCGCUUUCCUCAAGAGUGCAAGAUCACUGAGUUUGGACUGGCCAAAAACUUCUCUCGCAUGAAGAGCCGGCGAAGCAGUCACAAGAGGCAAAAUAUGGACCAGGUGCCUCUUCGGUGGUACCCUCCAGAGUAUUUCAAACACAACUACUACAGUUUCAAGGGGGAUAUCUGGGCCUUUGGCAUCUUACUUUGGGAACUGCAUACAUAUGGCUGUCUACCUUAUGACCAUCUGCACACAUCAGAAGAUGUGGUAUUCCACGUCUGUUCUGGAUACCGGUUGAAGAAUCCUGAAAACUGUAAACCUGAAGUCUUUCAGAUAAUGCAGGAAUGCUGGAUCACGUCCCCGACUCUGCGCCCCACCUUCUCCAGUAUUGUCAAGACUUUGGAGGACAUCCUGGAGAUGGAAGCAGACUAUGUGAAGGUGGACAACAUGCUGAUGGAAGAUGAUAUGGAAGACUUGGAUUUAUAGACCAGAGCACAAACAAUGGGGAUCACUCUGCUUGUGUUGGGAAUGCAUGAGGCUUUGAAAAGUUCAGUGCUGGCAAUGAGUCAACAGACUGCAGUCACCCUGUACGUGAACCACCACCAGACUUUAUAGCAGAAACUAAGAGUGGGAUUUCAGUGGACCACCUGGAAACUGUUGACUCGCUCCUCAAAAUUAGGAAUCCAUACCUGUUCAUUAAAGUGAAGAUGCAUUGUAUGCACUCUUCUUGAAAUCCAAAUGGUAUGGUCUCACUUUUUGUUGAGCCUUGGUCAGUGGCUACCUAUCUUCUCUUCACUCUUACAUUGACCCCCAAACACCCAAUCCCUGACUGUAAGUAGCCAGUGGGUGUCAUUUUAUGCAUUUUUCAAUUGCUGUGCCUCACUCUUUUUCCACCAGACUGCCACAAAUUUCACAAGUCAAAUAUUUUAAAAAGAGACAUUUAUUUGCUUUCCUACAAAUGGAACAAAUCAGCUGGAUAUUGGAUCUAAAAGUAUGGUGACCUGAGCUGAAAAAGCAUAGACAGAAGUGUGAAUUCACCCAGGCAUCCAUAUUUUCACAUGGUUUUCAAGCUCAGAUUUUGGCAGUGAUGUUAAGACUGAGGCCCUUAAACUGUCUGUUAACACUUGUGGCUUAUUUUUAAUGGUGUUUGUCAGUUGUGGUUGCACUUGGAACUGUACAUGAAAUCAAAACUGCAAAAACAAUCAGAACUGUAGCCCAUCUGUAGUAUGAGACCCCAUCUAGCUUGAAGUGACGAAGUCAUUUGCAUGGUUAAAGAAUAAAACAAGUAUCCAAAAAAAGGACCUGGACUUGCACCCUGAGAUGCCCUGCAACUGAUCUGCCACCUUUUUUGUGGAAUAUCAAUAAACGUAUACAGCAA